GUGGCCGUGAAAGCUGUGUACAUUGGUCGCGAUGCCUUAGAUUUCUGCCGCGACGGCUGCAGAGCCAUCAUCGACAGUAGCUCCUCUCACCUGACCGUGCCCAGCGAGGCAUUACCAAUCAUGCAGCAGAAGCUGGCGGUGACAGCAGUGAAAGGUUGGCUUUCGGAGCGGCCCUUGUGCGAGCAGGCAGUGGGGCUUCCCUUGACCUUUGUGCUGGCCGAUGGCAAUCUGACCUUGGAUGCCAAGGAAUAUUCUGCGCUUGAAGGGCACAGCUGCAUUCCCCAGCUACACCCAUGGGAUGUAGAGGAGCGACAAAGCGUCGGCACUCGAAGAGAAGGCGAUCGCGUCGUCGCUGCGGGCGUCCCCCUGCAGACCAUCGUGCUGGGCGAGCCGUUGCUUCGCAAGUAUUACACCAUCUUCGAAGCGUCGGCGGCCCCGCGCGUGGGAUUUGGUGUGGCGGCCAACGAGGUGUCGGAGUCGGAUGAAAUCAUCCUGAUGCAAUCCCCGAUUCGCAAGGUGACCCAGCUCUGGCGCGGUUCCGUCGCCUCGACGGAAGCGGCCCGCGGCUUCUGUCGUGGGGCGCUACGGAGGCUGCAGAAGUUCCUGCCUGUCAGUGCUGCUUCAAGUAUCACCGCUUCACAGGCGGUGACUUCCAAAGAAAGUGUGCAGUGGAAGUCAUUGGCCCUGACAGGUGUGCACGCCAGUGCUGCACAGCAAACUCUGGAGCUUCUGACAGUUCGCUUGGACACGCCACUGUGGUUGGCGUUGCCUGAAGGAGGACGUGCCCUGCUGGAUGGCUCCGUAAAGGCGAAAUCAUCUCAUGGAUCAGAUCGUCUGGUGGAAGGUGAAGUUGCAGAACUCGCCCGGAGAGCUGCCGAGGAAUCUAGCCUGCUGGUGCCAUGGUCACCUGAAGGCGGGGCACGUUUCUAUCAGUUUGAAGUCCCUGUUUUGGACGAUUUCCACCUCAUCACUUCAUCUUUGGCUGGUCAAUUUGAGAACAACGACACUAUCACUGAGUCAGAACUCUCGAUCCUUCACUUCUGGCAGAAGCUCUCGGGAGAUUUGCCCCGCGAGAAAGGGAACAAGUCCUGCUGGCUCGAACUCGCGCACUUGUGGCACUGGUCGCAACAGCGCGGCUCGGGGCGAGUUGCUUAA